GAAAUCACACUUAAAAUUAACGACUUCAGCUGGUCUGGGAUUCACAUAACGUUAACGACAUCACGAUAUAAAAACAUAGCUAAUUCCUUCUUACCAUACUCAAUUUACGUCAAACAAAAAAAUAACUCAACUUCAACAUGCCAGACCAAGCAUCCAUAAACCGAUCUCUCAAUACCAUUCGAACUGAGCUCGAAUACUUGCAACAAAGUGGUGCCGUUGCUCCAGCUCAAUUUCAAUCAAUCAUGGCACAACUUCCUCAAGGAAAUGGUCAACCAUCCCAAUACAUAGAUCCUCGAUAUAAUCCAAACGGUGGUUUCAAUCCAAGUAAAGUCAGUCAAGAAGCACAAGAUCCAAAUCAUCCGGCACAUCCUCAAAAUCCUAAGCAUCACGAAUGGGCAAAGAAAAUGGCUACCAAAUUCGGCAAUGCUGCGGUUUUUGGUGCAGGGGCAACGUUUGGUGGGGAUCUGGUUAAUGAUGUUAUGAGAAAGUUUUGAAGAGUGUGAUUGAUUGCUUAGGGUCAUAGAAUAAUAAUAUUUGACGGAUGAGUUGAAGUGAAGUAAAAUCUCUGCUUGAUCUUCUAGCAAGUACUCGUUUUCGAGUAUUCAUGCGAAUGUACACGCACAAUGAGUAACACCAAGUGGUCA